CAUGAGGAUUUGCGGUCGGUCGGUUUUCACAUCCGAGACCCCAAGUCUCCCGGCUGGCUCCGUCGCAUGACGCAGUGUUGCCUUUCGCCUCCUUAUUUUGUUUCCCCCUCGUGCAGCUUGACAUCCGCCCCUCCGGUGGAAUUGGCCAAUGGGACGUCUCUAACGGAACUUGGGGGCGGAGUAACGAGCGGGGUGGCCGCGAGGCGGUGAAUCCUUCCCGCCCCUGUCCGGGUCGGACUGUCCCGGCAGCCGGCGAGGGCGAGGUGGGAGCGUGUCCCGGGGGGAGCCGGGCCCGGACACCCGGACGCAUGCGUUGCCGCUGACCGCCGGGACCCGGCCAUGCCGAGGUUGGACAGCUACUGCGGGGCCGAGGGGCCGCUGAGCCCACGCUGGAUGAGCGGCGGCCUGAGCCCCUGCUUCUUCUUCACCGCCGCGCCCUCCGCGCUGCUCGGGCUGGGGACCCUGGCCCUGGGGCUGCGGCUGCGGCGGCUCUGCGCGCCACGGGCCCCGCCAGUCGCGGGGCCGGGCCCGGUCGCGCGCGGCCUCCUGCCCGGGCUGCAGCUGCUGCUGGGCGGGCUGCAGCCGCUGCUGCCCCUGGCGGCGCUGGCCGGCCGGGCCGCGGCCCCCGCCGGCGCCCCCCUCCCCGGAUACGUGCUGCUCGGGGCUCUGCUCGGGGCCGGCGCUGGCGCCUGUGCGCUGACGCUGCAGCUGCUGGAGCGGGCGCCGGCUGCGGGCCGGGCCGGCCACAGCGCCGGCCUCCUCCUCCUGUGGGCCGCGGCGCUAGCGGCCGAGAACCUGGCCCUGGUGUCCUGGAACAGCCCGCUGUGGUGGUGGUCCCGGCAGAGCCUGGGGCAGCAGGUGCAGUUCGGGCUGUGGGUGCUGCGCUACCUGGUCUUUGCGGGGCUCCUGGGCCUGGGGCUCUGGGGCCCCAGGCUUCAGCGCCAGACCUACGCCUUGCAGGUCAAUGGGGACGACCGCGACGUGGAGAGCAGCCAGCUCUUGCCACCUACCGGCUCCCCUAGACGCCCUUCCACAUGGCAAGAUCUUGGUCGGAAGCUACGACUACUGAGUGGCUACCUGUGGCCCAAAGGGAGCCCACUUCUGCAACUGGUUGUGCUUGUUUGCCUGGCACUCAUGGGCCUGGAGCGUGGACUGAACGUGCUAGUCCCUAUCUGUUAUAGAGAUAUUGUGAAUGCACUAACUGCAAAGGUCCCUUGGAGCUCUCUGGCCUGGAUCGUCUGCACUUAUGUCCUGCUCAAGUUCUUGCAAGGGGGAGGCACUGGCAGUACUGGAUUUGUGAGCAAUCUGCGAACAUUCUUAUGGAUCCGAGUGCAGCAGUUUACAGCACGUCAAGUAGAGCUGCGUCUCUUCACCCAUUUGCAUGAGCUAGCUCUACGUUGGCACCUUGGACGACGGACAGGAGAAGUGCUCCGAAUUGUCGACCGAGGCACCGCUAGUGUCACUGGACUGCUCAGCUACCUGAUAUUUAACAUCUUGCCGACCCUGGCCGACAUCAUCAUUGGCAUCAUCUACUUCAGCAUGUUCUUCAAUGCCUGGUUUGGCCUCAUCGUCUUCGUGUGCAUGACUCUCUACCUCACCUUGACGAUUUUAGUCACUGAGUGGAGAACCAAGUUUCGCCGUGAUAUGAACACACAGGAGAAUGCAACCCGAGCUCGAGCAGUGGACUCUCUGCUCAACUUCGAGACGGUAAAAUACUACAACGCGGAAAGCUACGAGGUAGAGCGAUAUAAAGAAGCUAUCAUCAAGUACCAGAGUCUGGAGUGGAAGUCAAAUGCAUCACUGGUUUUGCUAAACCAGACACAGAACCUGGUCAUUGGGUUGGGGCUCCUGGCCGGCUCUCUCCUCUGCGCCUACUUUGUCAGUGAGCAACAGCUCCAGGUCGGAGAUUUUGUGCUGUUUGGCACCUAUAUCAUACAGCUCUACAUGCCUCUCAACUGGUUUGGCACAUAUUACAGGAUGAUUCAGACCAACUUUAUUGACAUGGAGAACAUGUUUGAAUUGCUGAAGGAAGAAGCCGAAGUAAAGGAUGUCCCAGGGGCCCCACCCUUGCAAUUUCAGAGAGGAUACAUUGAGUUCGAGAACGUGCAUUUCAGCUACACAGAUGGGCGGGAGACCUUGCAAGAUAUCUCCUUUGCCGUGAUGCCUGGACAGACACUGGCCUUGGUGGGGCCCUCAGGGGCAGGGAAGAGCACAGUCCUGCGUCUGCUGUUCCGUUUCUAUGAUAUCAGCUCCGGCCACAUCCGAAUAGAUGGACAGGACAUUUCACAGGUGACCCAGUCUUCACUUCGGUCCCAUAUUGGAGUCGUGCCCCAGGAUACGGUCCUCUUCAAUGACACCAUUGCCAACAACAUUCGAUAUGGCCGGGUCCUGGCUUCAGACUUGGAGGUGGAAGCUGCUGCCCAGGCUGCUGGGAUCCAUGAUGCCAUCCUGGCCUUCCCUGAAGGCUAUGAGACCCAGGUGGGCGAGCGCGGGCUGAAGCUGAGCGGAGGGGAGAAGCAGCGUGUGGCCAUUGCCCGCACCAUCCUCAAGGCUCCAGACAUCAUUCUUCUGGAUGAGGCAACCUCGGCACUGGACACACCAACUGAGAGGGCCAUCCAGGCUUCCCUGGCCAAAGUCUGUGCCCUAAGAACCACCAUCGUGGUGGCACACAGGUUAUCUACAGUGGUCAAUGCUGACCAGAUCCUGGUGCUCAAGGACGGCUACAUUGUAGAAAGAGGAAGGCAUGAGGCAUUGCUGGCCCGAGGAGGGGUCUAUGCUGACAUGUGGCACCUGCAGCAGCAGGGCCAGGAUGAGGAGGGCACUGAAGGCACGAAGAGCCAGCCAGCACAGGAGGAUCCUCAGCCCCCCGGACCGUGACAGAGGUUGGGGGAAGCAUCCUCAUCAAUCCAGGCCCACGGGAGCCACUCGGCCAUGAGAUCCAGUCCUCAUCCCACUUUACCCUGUUCUUGGGGUGCACUUGUGGGAAUGACAUACCUCACCCCUCAGGGGAAAUGGAACCUCAGAAAUAAAAUAUAGAGUGAAACCUGA